AGCUACCCAGCCUCUGUCCAUAUGGGAAUGUGGAGACAUGGGGGACAAAGGACAGAAAGGCACCGUGGGCCGCCAUGGAAAAAUUGGUCCCAUUGGCGCUAAAGGUGAAAAAGGAGACUCUGGUGACAUUGGACCCCCUGGUCCCAGUGGAGAACCUGGCAUUCCAUGUGAGUGCAGCCAGCUGAGGAAGGCUAUUGGGGAGAUGGACAACCAGGUCACUCAACUGAUGACUGAGCUGAAAUUCAUAAAAAAUGCUGUUGCUGGUGUACGCGAGACCGAGAGCAAGAUCUACCUGCUGGUGAAGGAGGAGAAGCGGUAUGCAGAUGCCCAGCUGUCCUGCCAAGGUCGGGGAGGCACGCUCAGCAUGCCCAAGGACGAGGCAGCCAAUGGCCUGAUGGCUUCGUACCUGGCACAGGCCGGCCUGGCCCGUGUCUUCAUAGGCAUCAAUGACCUGGAAAGAGAGGGCACCUUCGUGUACUCGGACCGCUCCCCCAUGCAGACUUUCAACAAGUGGCGUAGUGGAGAACCCAAUAACGCUUAUGACGAGGAGGACUGUGUAGAGAUGGUGGCCUCAGGGGGCUGGAACGAUGUGGCCUGCCACAUCACCAUGUACUUCAUGUGCGAGUUUGACAAGGAAAACUUGUGAGUGCUGGCAGGCUGUAGCUCAGGGGAGACAGCCAUCUGAACCCCAUCUUUUAUAGGAAUUCAGCAGACACCAGUGGCCACAAGCUACCCCUGGGCAUCAGUCACCAUGUCUGCCAAGUUCCUUUCCGUAAGGAAGUUCUGAGCCUCAUUGACAGAAGGGCUGUUUGAACCAUAGGAGGGGGGAACUCUUGUUUCCCAGUGCUGUUCUGAAAAGGCAAAGUUUUACCACCCUUGUCCGAGCUGAGAUGCUCAUUAUGGAGUCACCACUCAGAAGGAUGCGGUGCAGUCAUGUGCACACCAUGGCCGUGGGGGCAGGAGUUCCAGCCACCUUUUAAACUACACAAAAAGCACCAUUCGGUGGUGACCAAUGUCUUAUAAGUUACUCUAACACAUAGGUUCCUUUCACUAUUACCCACGUAGGAACACUGCUGCUCUGCUUCAAACCCAUACUCCAG